AUGCCAAAACGCCGUGUAGAUCAGAAAUUCGAAAUCGAGCCAAUUAUUCUCACCGACUCAUUCUUCACCGAUGACGUGUUUUUGUAAGUGCGCUCAAUUGAGAACAGCGCGGAAAAUCGCGAAAAUUUGAAUUUUAUUUUUAAGAAUGUGCACCUAUGAACCGGAAAUCAUUUGCUAUGGAUCGAUUUUGUGAGUUGCCUGGCGCGAAAAUUUCAAAUCCAAAUUCAAAAAUUCAAAUUUUUUGCAGCGAUUUGAUUGGGAUCUUCGGACUCAUCGCAUUUUUAGUGCUUUUUUUGAUGAUGACAUUUUGCGGGUUGUUUGGAAUGUGUGUUCGACCGAAAUUGCGAAAAAUCGCCGGAAAAACGCAAAAACAUAACAACAAUGAUGAUGGAAAAUCGAAGGAUAAAAUGAGAAAAUGA